AUUAAAUCGGUUUUCUGUAGUGUUUUAGCUGUAGUGAAAAUAGACUUUUUCGACAUGAUUCGUUCUGAUAUUCGGCGUAACAAGACCGCAUUUCAAACUUAGUCAGUUCAGUAAGCUGUCAGUCGUAAAACUGAAAACAAUAUCAAUCUAAUGCAUGAAAUUUGACUGACAGUAACAAAGCCGGCAAUCUCGCGUUCAUAUAUUUUUGAAGAACUUUCUUAUUAAUAAUAUUAUUUAUUUUAAUAUACAAUAUGGAAGAAUUAUACACCAAAGUGCCUUGUAGAGAAAACCAGUUACAUGAUUUAUUCAAUUUACUCGGUGAUGACGACGAACCGUUACCGUAUUCUUUGUUUAUAAGUGGCAGUAUGGCAACGGGUAAAAGUUUGUGUGUAGAGUCUGUUAUAAAAUAUUUGGGGUACAAACAUGUUGUUGUUGAUUGUAUUGAAUGCUAUUCACAAAAACUGAUGUACGAAACCAUCAUAUCUGAACUAGAAUGCGAUUUAGAUGUAAAAUGUGACAGUAUGCUAGAUUUCACUAAUGCAUUAAAUCGACUAGGAAAUAGUGCUACCCGGUAUAAACCUAUUGUGUUAGUGUUCGAUAGAGCUGAGAGACUCCGAACUAUGGAUCAGAACGUGAUGUGUGCAUUUCUAAGACUUCGGGAGUUAUGUAACUUGAAUAUAUGUACAAUUUUUAUCACGCAUCUCGUUUACGAUAACUUUUACUUCAGAAUGGGUGCCCGGGAGCCUAUAAAGAUUUACUUUCCCAAUUACAACAAAGAGGAGCUAUUUAAAAUAAUAUUUUUACAUCAAAAAUCGUUAAUUCGCCAUGUACUCAACAAUCAUGAUGUAGACGGAGCGACAAAAGAAGAACUUGAAAAACCAGAGUUAUUCGCAAACUUUCUGAAUGCAUUUCUCAGCGUAUUCUAUAGACCGUGUCGAGAUUUAAUUGAAUUACAGCAUAUGGCGCGUGUAGAUUUCAUGAAAUACUGCGAGCCUAUAAUUAAACAUGAAAUACAAGCUCAAGAUUUAUCUAAAUUAUGGAGACACAUAUCGCCCAUACUGAAAACUAGUUUAGAGUUGUUAUAUUUACGUAUAAGUUCAUCAAAGGUAACAAAAUCUUCUCCAGAAGAGAACACUGACUAUGAAUGUCAAGAAAGCUAUAACUUUGAGCAUACUCUCAAAGAUGAGCUCACAUCAACAAAAACAUUUGCGCAGAGUUUUGAGUUGCCGUAUUAUGCUAAGUUCUUGCUAAUAGCAGCUUAUCUGGCUAGCUACAACCCCCCCAAAGAGGAUAAGAGGUUGUUCAUGAAGAACCAUGGCAAGCAAAGGAAGCGUUUACAGCAGGUUAAAGCAAAAGCCAAAAUAAGUGAAAAACUGAAUACACAACUCGGACCUAAAGUGUUUACACUGGAUCGUUUGCUAGCUAUAUUCUAUGCAAUAUUACAGGACAAGAUCGGUCUGACGAGCAACUUGCUAGCUCAGAUUGCGACGUUGGUAGAACUAAAACUGAUUGCAGGCAGUAAAGAGAUGGACUUGGACGUUUCAAAGUACAAAUGUAUAGUUGGUUAUGAUUUCAUAUCGGCUGUGGCUCAAACAGUUGGGUUCAGUGUCAGAAAAUAUUUAUAUGAUUUCAUAUGACGCUUAUUAUGUUUUUGAACAGAUUUGGGAAUGAUAAUGCUCUUUUAUUUAUUGUAAUAAUUUGUGUCUUCGUAUUAUAAUAAUUUAUGCAUAAAAUGUAGUUUUACUGGUAGACCAGACCAAUAUUUUUCUGACAAAGGCUACCCUUGGCUACCCUUUGUCACUAUUUUCAGACCUGACAAAUAUACAUAAGAUAAUGGCCUGAUAUUAAUAAUAAUAAUAAUAAUUUUUAUUUUGCAUCCAAUAUUUACAAUUUAAAUUGUUCCC